AUGGGAAAUGCAAUGACGAUCCUAACGUGGGCACUCGCAUAUGCACCGCCCGAGGGGGGGCGCCCUCCAUCGACCGUGCCGCCUCCUCCAUCAAGCAUACGUUCCCCACCGCCUCCGUCAAGCGGAGGAUGUCAAUCUUCGGGCCCUCUGGUUUUUGGAGGUGUGUCGUAUCCCGAACAGAGCUGCUCACCCCCAAUUGCCUCUUCAACUUCCAUUAUCUUGACAGAUAACGAUUUCAGUCAAGGUGGCGACGGUGGGGCUCCAUCCGAGAGUGACAACAUGUACCAUCAGAAUUCAAAGCUAAUGAUCGACAGGGUGGCUAAAGAAGUAGUCGACGAGUGCGACUCUAUAAAUGGAUGCGAUGCCAAACAUUUUUAUCAACCACCGCGUCAAAACAACAUAGUUGAUGGCUCCGAUGCCGUGUGGAGUGCCUUGGGGCUAGAUAAUAUAAGAAAGGGGGCGAAGAAGACGUGA